AUGAAGGCGAUGCCCAGCGGUGCCAACAGCGCCUCGGAGUUCUGGGCGCUCAGGGAGUUGCAGCAUCGGAACAUCGUGCGGCUCCGCGAGGCUUUCGAGCACGAUGCGUACUUGGUCAUGGAGCUCUGCAGAGGCGGCACGUUGAUGCAGUGGAUUCGAGACCAGUUCGAGAAGCACCUUGGGAAGGAGGUCUACAUGCCCCCUUCCACGAAGCAAGUCGGCCAGUGCUUGUGGCAAGUUCUAGAUGCCAUACAGUACCUCCACAGCCUCAACAUCGUGCACCGUGACGUCAAUACCCAGAAUCUUCUACUUGCCCAGGCAGGCGUGCGGAACCAUCACCCUAAGCCGUGUCUGAAAUGUGAGUUGCUGAGUCGCUACAGCUCCCCUGAAGUAAAAGCCAUGCGGCCCCAAGCCCCUCCCGAAAGUGUGGAUCCCACUCAGGGUGGUUCGCGCAUGCAGCUGAAGUUAGCAGACUUCAACUUGGCCACGGAGGUGCAAGGGGAGUUCUUGACUCAAUGCUGUGGCACCCCGGGCUUCAUGGCGCCGGAGGUGCUCCAGUGCCACUACUCCAAGCUUUGUGACGUGUGCAGUGCCGGGGUCGUCUUCUACCAGAUUGUCAAAGGAGAGCGACUCUGGAGGCAGGUUGACACAAUUGCCGCGCACUACAAGGACGUCCUGGACGAGACGCCCCUGAAGUUGGAGAGCACAGCGGCCUGGAGUCGCCAUGGCGCGGGCGCCCUGAGCCUGGCGCAGGAGCUGCUGUCUUUAGAGGCGCAAGGGCGACCGACAGCAGCAGCCGCCAUGGAGAACCCCUGGUUGCAAAAGCAUGCGCUUGGUGCGGAACAAGGGUGCUGUGCCAUCAGCUAG